UUGAGCACCUCAGACUGAAGCUCCAGGCUGACACUGAGAAGACACAAGAGAAGGAAAUCUGCAGCAGGUCUUCAUCUGGGACAUCUGCAUCAUCUGCAUCGUUGUCGUCGUCAUGAAGUUGCUGGUUGUGUUUCUCCUCGUUGGAACCAUGAUGGUCCUGUCAGAGGGUUUUCCAGAACCAGAGCCUGGACCUGAGGCCAAACCAACUGAAGGAAGUGAACCUGAGACAGAAUCAGCAGAUGAAGACAAGAACAGUGUUGUCAAGAGAGCAGCAGGAUGCCCCUUUGAUUGGAUAGGAUUCAGAAAUGACACUGAGAGAAAGAUUGGUGCCAUGAAAGAACAACUGGCAGCUUUGGCAAACAGACAGAACAACAGCGAGAAAUGGAUUGAAGACCUGGAAAGGAAAGUGAUUUUCAGUGCAGCUACAGAUGGAAGUGGAGCGGUCGGACCCUUCAACACAGACACAAUCUUAGUAUAUCAAACUGUGAUGACGAACAUCGGCGAUGCCUACAACCAAACCACAGGUGUGUUUACUACCUCCGUUUCAGGCACUUACUACUUUACCUUCUUUUACCAUGCGGGAAGAGAACACCCAGCAACUCUACGUCUCUACAAAAAUGAGCAGCUUGUUGCACGAAGCCAUGAUCACAAAGGGGGGGAUGAUGGGGCUGAUAAUGGAGGCAAUGCAGUAAUUCUACAGCUGCAAAAAGGGGACCGCGUGUUUGUGCGCUUGCUUGCACACACACACAUUUGGGCAAAGAAUCACAUUACUACCUUCAGUGGUUUUCUGAUUCGUUAAGUUUAACCCAUAAAGACCCAGAGUUACUUUUGUGGCACUUCCUAAAUUACCUUUUCUCUUUAUUUGACCUUUCUUAAGUGAUUUAACACAAAUUAUUUUAAUAUUGUUCUCUAGAAGAGAGCAGACAGGUUUCUGAGCUGUUCUGCUGUUUCUGCCUCCCCCACUCUGCUUCCUACUGAUUUGCCCUUGCAGUUGUCUCAGCUGACUUACUUUAACUUUUGGAUCCCCUGCUUGCUGAGCUCUCGAACAGCGAAUAUGGAAUCGAUCAGCUGGUCACUCAGCACAAUUGACAAGAUUUUUUCACCCAGGAAGAUGGGCUCUGGGGAGCCCGCCUGCCCUCACAGAACUUUCGCAGCCGGAUACACCAUUGACGCUUGGGACAAGUGGAGAGUGGUGUGUCUGUUGGUUCUGUCAGUGGAGGAUAUCCAAGAGAUCUAGUUAUUUGGAUUUAUGGUAGCGGGACACCUUCUAAUUCAGUGGUUCCCAACCUUUUUUGGCUCGUGACCCCAUUUUAACAUCACAAAUGUCAGGCGACCCCAGACAUUCAAAACAGAGACAUGGUUUUUGAUCAUGUAACAGUUUCCUAUUCUAUGUUG